UGAUGAUUAAGCAAGAAAAGGAAACUAUGGAGAAACCAGAAGAGCCGUCAACAUGAGAGAGUACAACAAUCAGAUAAUGAGGAUGAUGGUAUGGUUGCUCUUCGUGUGCCUCCCUCACUUCCCUGCUGUCUCCGUUCCAGUCUACAACUACACAACAGAGGCCCAAUACGACCUGAAAGAGGCCACAACGGCACAAAGCCUCACAACUGAUGUUGUGAGAAAUCUGCUAAAAGUGCCAUAUGUGACAACAGAUCACUAUUCAACCACACCCACACACGCAACAGGAACUAGCGAGAGGACAGGGAACACAGCUGGAUACGGAUCCCAUGGAUUUGACAGAAAAAUAGCCCCAGAUUUCUACACUGGCAUCACAACUCCGGGAAGUGGUUACAUAAUCACAACAGUUGCAAGUGGAAGAACAGAAGAACAAAAGAACAACCGGAACGCAACUCUAAGUGACUCACGAAUUGGGAAAACACAAAGCUUCAUUUUUAAGAUCACAUCAAGCAACAGAUAUAACACAGAGCUUACAACUGACAGCAGUACGGCAGCUAACCAGUGGCACAGCGACACUGUGAAAAGUUUAGAAGAAAGAGAGGCAGCUACUGUAAAUCAAACAACAGUAUGGAACGAUGCCUCUACCUCUACAACGUCUCCACACACUGAAGACAUUGAUUUCAGCAAUGACACAGUUACACCUUCAUAUUUGAAGGUGAAUGAAGACAUAAUCAGCGGAGAUUACAGCACCACAACCUUGCACACAAGUUUUCUGACAGACACAGAAAGAGACGAUGGAAACACACGCGAUGACUCAAGCAUUCACACAAGCACAGGUUCACGCAUUAACACUGAUACAAAUGAUCACACAAUCAUACUGUACAGGCUCACAACCAAAGAGCUGGAACGUGGCAUCAGUGAACCCACGCAACAAAUCACGCAAGCAGAUAACAGUACAGACUCACAUGCACUCAACAACAACACAUUCCCUCAUACCUCCCAGCCUAAUUGUGAAAAUAAAGAAAUCAGAUCAUCGUCUCGAUCCACUAGACUGGUCUGUUUCAUCACUCUGUGGGCGCUAGGUGUGACUGCUUCGAUCUUCUGUGGGAUAACUGUCUACUUGUGGGUGCGGCUCUCUUUCCAUCGAAAGAUGGAGAGAACCAGGAGGGAGCGAAGGGUGGUGGAAGCAGCGGAGAGCCAAGUGGAGAGCCUUUGGGUUGCACCCAUCGGGACCGUGCAGGACAGAGUGGAGUUCUGGUAUGCAAACGGUGCAUCGUCUGGUCUGGUAAACCAAAGGGGAAAUGAAUGGAGGGACCGAAGGAAUGGAGGGAAAGAAAGAAUGAGAGGCAAUGAAAGAGGUGGGAUGAGAGAGACUGAGAGUUUCUGGAUACAGCCCAAGGUGACGGUUGAACAACUAACUGAGUUUUGGUAUGCGAGAGUAAAACAGGGCGAAGAGCAUGAACAACCAUGACAGAUGAAAAGGAGAAACAGGAAAAAAGUGUUAAUGUUCUUAGUUUAGCUCAGGAAUUCCCAUGUGCCUUACUUUGUACAGGC